AGUAGUAAUAGGUUGAUCAUUUAUUUAUAAAAACUAAGAUAUCAUAUAAAUGCCAGUAUUUACAUUCACACUGUUUCACAAACAGUUAUGUGCCUUUAACGCAUCUUCUUGAUUGUUGUGCAUUGUGCUAGUCGACAAAUAUUCAAAUAAAUAAUGGACAUAAAGUGGAUUAUUUUUCUGAUUCUGGACAUUUGUGCUGGGACCAAUGAGUUCUACUCUUCAACAGGUAAAAAAUAAAGAUAAUUUAACUUUCUUUAGUAUGUUUAAACAGUAUUCUUGGUUAUAAGAAGUGGAAAUAUAUUUGUUGUCACAAAAUACUCAACAAGCAUGAAUAUAAAAACAAAGGUACAUUCAAAAAACAAAUAUGCAUAAUAGUAUAUUUAAUAAAUGUGGAUGUAUUUGUAGUUAUGUAUUUGUAUUAAUGUAUGUAUUUAACAUUUACAAAUCUGCAUAAACAUUUUUACAAUUAUAGUAAUAUGCUUUGUUUUUAUAAGGAUAAAUUGAAACCAAAAUAAAGUGAACCAAAGAACUUUGAUUUUACUAUGAUAGAACAAUUUGGACUAGUAAUAACAUAUAAACUUAAUCAAAAUAGGAUGUUCAGUAAGAGGAUAUAUAUAAUUUUUUUUAAAUAAAAGGUACGUGUAACAAAUCCCAAUGGUUCCGUGCUGGAAAAAAAAGAAGAAACAGGAAAGCGUUUACCAGCCAGAGCUUUCUUAAUUUACUUCCUUUUCACCCCGGCGCUUUCCUAUCCAGUACAUACGCCGGGGCUCACCCUCACACUCGCGGUUCGGGACGCCUUUUCAUCUUGACUUCCGCCGCCGGCCACUCGCGGUUCGGCCCGACUUCCUCCGACGUCCGCCCGUCUUACUCGCGGAUCAGCAUGCUUUCUUUCUUCAGUACCCGUCCGAGUUUCCAUGCAGACCGGCACGCCUUUCCCUGGCAUACGCCCGAGUGCACUUCCGGCCGUCCCGUCUUUCACCGGCGCGCGCCGCGCUUAGUGCCCCUUCCGCUCGCCUCUGCUUGGUGGCGCUCUCCCUGAAGCUGGUGUUUCUCUCCUUUUUAUUGGCGUCGACAGACUGAAACAGAUUAGUCUCAUCAACUGCAAGUGUUUCUUACCGCUUGUUCCGUAGGCUCUGUCGUCCACUCGCUCAUCUCUGGCACACACUCACAAUGCAUUAUGUUGAGUGGUCUCAAAAAUCAUAUGACCCAUCUCAUUGGCAUAAAGAAUGAUCUUUCUCAGUGCCUCAGAUUCUACAUUUCAUCGCUGGAAAAUCAAAUGGAUCUACUGAAAAGGGCUCUUCAAGGUCUUGAAUGCAUCUCUGAUGAUAACUCAAAAGAUCCAGAAAAAUUAAUCAGCAAUCCACUCAUUGCAUACAAAUUUGUAAAACAACUAAUAAAUGUCGGCACUGCAAUUAAGGAAAUCACAAAGACAAAUAUCUCCAAAGAUAUUGACAUGUUAAUGUCAAAAUCACAGCUAAUUCCCAGUGAAAAUAAUUUGGAUGGCAUAGCAGGUGGUAUUGUUAGACUUCAGGAACUGUACAGACUAAAUCCGGAGGACAUGAUUAAGUUGGAAACUCAAUCUGCCCUGAGCCCAGAUGAGUGUUUCCACAUUGCUGUGAUUGCUCAACAGAAUCAGAAGUUUCAGUGUGCCAUUCAGUGGCUUGGGGAGACUAUGAAGAAGCUCCAUGAUGGAGCAAAAGCCAUGGUCACCAAACAGAGAGUUCAGACUCUUCUUACCUCUAUUCAGUCUCAAGUAGUGAACUCUCCCUUUCCACCUGAAGCAACACAGAUAUUACAGCACUAUGAUGAUUUAGAUUUGAAGACUAUACUCCAGUCUGCAUACACCUACAACCUGAGUGAGAAUAUUAAAUACUGGGAUGGAAUGCAGCACUUCAUUACUUCACUUGACAUGUCUGGUUUUUAUAAUCCAUGGAAAAAUGGUUAUGAGGCCUUGUGUAGAGGGGAGGGGAUUAAAAUGAACCCUAAGAGACAGAGGAAAUUGGUUUGUAGGUACACAAAUGGUAAAGGGAGCCCUCGGCUGAUAUAUGGCCCUGCUAAAGAGGAAGAAGAAUGGGAUGAACCUCUCAUCCUCAGAUACCAUGACUUUAUUUCCUUAAAUGAGAUCGAGGUCAUCAAAACACUUUCUAGAUCAAAGCUUGCCAGAGCUAAAGUUUCGGACCCUGUUACUGGGAAGCUCAUUUCCACCAAAGCUCGGGUUUCAAAGAGUGCAUGGUUAUCCAUUGAUGAGAGUCCUGUGGUUGCCAGUAUCAAUCAGAGAAUUGCUGACGUCACUGGUUUGGACAUGGAUACUGCAGAAGAACUUCAGGUUGCAAAUUAUGGAAUUGGAGGACAAUAUGAACCACACUAUGAUUUAGUGGAUGGUGUUCCAUUUACUGAGAGAAGGAUUGCAACUCUCCUGGUCUAUAUGAGUGAUGUUGAUGUUGGUGGUGCCACUGUGUUUCCUAAUACUGGAGCUGCACUAACACCAAAAAUAGGUUCAGCAGUGAUAUGGUUUAACCUACUGAAGAGUGGAGAAGAGGAUACCAGAACUUUGCAUGCUGCAUGCCCAGUUUUUAUAGGCAGUAAGUGGGUUGCCAAUAAGUGGAUCUGCUGUGGGGGACAGGAGUUCAGGAGAAGAUGCGCUCUGUCCAAGGCUGGCUGAGACUGAAUUUCAGAAAAUUGAUGUGUUUGAUUUUUUAAGUAAUAUUUUUCAUACGAAGGGCUUAUAAAAUAAAUCCAGUCUCUUGACUAAAGCAGGCUGAAGAAAUGUUUAAAUCAAAACAUGCUGUUAAAAUAGAUUAAAAAGGCUGAUUUGAGUUUUGUGUAUAUGAUUAAUAAAGAACAGAAUUGUUAAUAUGA